UUUAUGGGGCCACAUAAGGCCAUGUUCUACAUUUAACCUUCUUUAGAAGAGUCGCUAAGGGAGGAAACAUUUGAAAUUCGUAGAAUGACUCGGCUGGGAGAGGGCUGGCAGAGCUCUGCCAGUGAACCAGAAAGCGUGGCGUAGAAUCCCAGGUUACCAGUUAGCUGUGGGAUCCUCAGCGGGUCUCUUAAUGGCUGACCCUUCCUCUUCUCAUAAGAUGGAGUUGUCUGUUGUCACUUGUGACUUAGUGGCUUGAAACACUUAUUCAGCACAUGGCUUUGCCUAGCUUAUAGCUUUGCCGGGCAGGUUUUUUAUGUUUGUUUGUUUGUUUUGCUUUGUUUUCCUGAUCUCAGGCGUGACUGCUGACAUUGUCUGUAUGCAGUCAGUUUGCUCCAAGUGGCUCAUCCUGCAUGGGCCUUGUUUGUUAGACAUUUGGUUGGUUGUCCCUUAGGGUGGCAGGGGUGACUGUCUCUCAUUUAGCAGGACAGACUGGUCCUUUCACAGGGUGUUUGAGAUUUCUCAGAACAAUUAGGUGGAGGUGACUGGAUGCCUUAGUGGGCAGGCAGGAAACUCAGAGGGACAGGAAAAUGAAGACAGGAUGUGUAUAGAUUGCCAAGAGUCAGAGGUCAGAGAUGGAGGAGAGAGGUGAAAGCAUUUGUUUACAUGCCUGAGGAACUUCCUUUUGGGGCAGGCUUGGGGUAGGUUAAACUGGCCAUGAGGUGCUGCAGCUCUGAGUGACGAGCGGUACCAGGCAGCUGAGCCUGUGGCGGUCAGAGCAUUUAUAUCAAGGUGGCAGAGUGGGAUUAGCUUCCUCAUUCUCAGAGGAUAGCAGGUUGAGGAAGGACAAUGUGGUGCCCAGUCCCUAUGAGGAGAGCAGGAAGAACUGGACCCAGGCUUGCCUGGUCUGGCUGCUGCCUCUGGCGGCUGGCACAUUGUGGGCACUCAUGGUGGUAUGAGUUUGGCUGACCAGCCCAUGGGCAGACUGAGGAGCCUUGCAGGGCACACAGCAGCCCGAGGAGUCUGCAGUUACCCUCUCUGCCGCUGCCUGCCUUCUCUGGGCUGGGAUGAUCAGAGGUUCCUCCUUUUGUUUUGUCUUACAUUUAAUGGUGUGUGUAAGUCUGUCUGCUCAUGACUGCAUGUGCCACAGCAUGUAGGUGGCAUGAUCAGAGACAACGUUUAGUGGUCAGCUUUGUCUUUCUAGUGUGUGGUCCUGGGGAAUGGACACGGACUGUCAAACCUGCUGGCCCGUUCUGCUACGGGUGCUUGUUACAUAUAGCCUGGGCCCCUCCACCGCGCACGUUUCCCCUCAAGCUUCAGUACAGCUUCAUCAUGUCUCCUUCCAAUGUUAAUUUCUGCCCAGUUAGAGCUCACCGUGGGGCUUGGGUGAGGAGGUCUGGCUUGAUGACGUCCAUCCCUGUGACCCUGGUCACAUUCUUCCGGGUGGCCACAGGCCAGGUCUGGGAACUGCGUCAUCCACGCUGCCGGAGGUGAGUGUGUGGUGGAGUGAGGGGGCACUUGUCCCGAAGCAGAGUGAUUUACGGUGGGUGGGUGCGUAGGAGCCCAGAGGAUGUGCCCCACCUUGCAGGAUUGGCUGGAGCGUCUGGGAAGGAGAGUCUUGGCAUUUUGGAAGCCUAGAUUUUUCAGUUCUUGUCUUUGUUUUGUUUUGUUUUGUUUUGUUUUGUUUUCUGGUGUUUUGAGACAAGGUCUUGCUUUGUAGCUCUUGAGUAGCCUGAAACUCCAUAUGUAGGCCAGGCUGCCCUUGAACUCACAGUAACCUUCCUCUGUCUUCCGAAGGCUGGAGUUAAGAUGUGGGCCACCGUGUCUGGCUUUAUUUUUUUCCAAGGUAAGUUUUCAUUAUGUAGUCCAGGGUGACCCUGAACUUCUGACCCUCCUGCCUCAGACUCCCAAGCAUCGGGAUCAAAAGUGUGUGCAUGCCACCAUGCCCCAGGAGCCAGUGUUGGUUUGUCUGGGACAGGGUCUCACUAUGUAGCCCUAGCUGGCUGGAACUUGCUAUGUUGAUCAAGCUGGCCUGAAAUUCAGGAGCUCUGCCCACCAAGUAUUGGGCUUGCAAAGAUGUAUAGCAUCACACCCGGCUGACAGCACUUUGGAACUAGGAUGGGCUCAGGAUGAGUGGCAGCCUCUGCCAGGCUAAAGCCCCCAGCACAGAGGGACAUGUCUUGGCUUCGGCGAGCUGUGCCUCUUCCUGGGGUUAGCUGUACCUCCGGCUUGGCUACCGAGCCCUGCCUUAGGCAUCUUGGCUUGGGGCUGGAACUAGAAAUAGCUACGGUUCUGCCCACCUGGAGGCCUCCCUGGCAGUGGCACAGACCACUUGCACUUGAGCCUUCCCUGAGAGCAGGUGGCCGAAGUGGGCCCCCCGAGUGCUGGCCGUGCAGAGUCUCAGCCAGGGAGUGAGGCGGAAUGAGCCACUGCCAUCCUUGGAACUCUGUAACCAUGAUUUGUGUUUCUCCUUCCCUCUGGCUUGUCACUGGCAUGGCUGAUCCCCAGCAAGCGCUGCUGGUUGGGCAGCACAUGCUUCCUGAAGCCAGCGGCUGUGCUUGGCAACACAACACAACAGGGAGAGGGGAAGUUUGUUGUAGAGAUCUCUGCACUGUGUGAAACCUCAGAGUUCCUUGGAUAUUUCUGGUUAGCUGCUAUAUAUUUUUAUUUCAUUGGAUUUUGUUUGUUUGUUUGUUUGUUUUGCUUUGUUUUGUUUUUGUUUUGUUUGAUAGGCUCUCGCUAUGUAGCACAAGCUGGCUUGGAGCUUGCAAUCCUCCUGCCUCUGCUUCCUGAGUGCUGAGAUGACAGGUCAGACACACCACACCCGGCUUGUGCUCCCCACUGUCACCAGAGUGAUGGCAUUGAAGAAGAGAGUCCCCUUCCUUCCCUGUCUGACACCAUGGGCGUUCCUUGGAAAAAGUGACAAAGGAUUAAUCAUUCGGUUACAGAAAGUCAGAGCGUAGCUGUGUUUCUGUUGCCAGUUUGGGCAAUACAGGCUCAGCUGGAGGCGCAGAAGGCCACACAGGACUUCCAGAGGGCCACCGAGGUACUCCGUGCAGCCAAGGAAACAAUCUCUCUGGCUGAGCAGCGGCUGUUGGAGGAUGACAAGCGGCAGUUUGACUCUGCUUGGCAGGAAAUGCUGAACCAUGCUACUCAGAGGGUCAUGGAGGCCGAGCAGACCAAGACAAGGAGUGAGCUAGUACACAAGGAGACGGCAGCCAGGUACAACGCUGCCAUGGGUCGCAUGCGCCAGCUGGAGAAGAAACUCAAGCGAGCCAUCAACAAGUCCAAGCCUUAUUUUGAGCUAAAGGCAAAGUACUACGUGCAGCUUGAGCAACUGAAGAAGACGGUGGAUGACCUUCAGGCCAAGCUGGCCCUGGCAAAGGGCGAGUACAAGGCAGCCCUGAAGAGCCUGGAGAGGAUCUCAGAUGAGAUACACGAGCGGCGGCGUUCCAAUGCCAUGGGGCCCCGGGGCUGUGGCGUGGGGGCAGAGGGCAGCAUCGCCUCAGUGGAGAACCUGCCUGUAAGCAAACCUGAGCCUGACGCCAUUUCUGUGGCAUCAGAAGCCUUUGAAGAUGACAACUGCAGCAACUUGGUGUCUGAAGAUGACUCGGAAACCCAGUCUGUGUCCAGCUUUAGUUCGGGACCGACGAGUCCGUCUGAAAUGCCUGAUCAGUUCCCUGCAGUGGCAAGGCCUGGCAGUCUGGAUCUGCCUAGCCCUGUGUCCCUGUCAGAAUUUGGGAUGAUGUUCCCAAUACUGGGUCCUCGAAGUGAAUGCAGUGGGGCCUCCUCCCCUGAAUGUGAGGUUGAACGAGGAGACAGAGCAGAAGGGGCCGAGAAUAAAAUGAGUGACAAAGCCAACAACAACCGUGUUCUCGGCAGCACCAACGGUGGCAGUGGCAGGAGCAGGAGCCAAAGCAGCACGUCCCUUGAGAGCCAGGCCUUGGAAACCCGGAUGAAGCAGCUCUCCCUACAGUGCUCAAAAGGAAGAGAUGGAAUUAUUGCUGACAUAAAAAUGGUGCAGAUUGGCUGAUCCACCCAAGGGCUAUGGCCUAUGUGCAGAUCAUAUUUAUACAUGAAAUUCAAGAACAUUGUGCCAAUAAUCAUUUAACAUAAGCCAAAUAGUAUGCAUUUACUCUAAACUGCACUAACCAAGUUUCAGUGACCUUGAGGGCUAAACAUUUUCCCUCUGGUAAGAGCUCUUGGGCUGGUGUGCUUUUCAGAGCAGAGCCAUUGCAGGUAAACCGUGACCAGGGAGGGUCACGGUCUUUGCAGAGCAUUCCCUGUAGCGGCAGCGUGGAAGCAAUAACUAGUUUCUGAGAAAGAACCUGCAGGGCCAGGAGGAGAGCUGGACACUUAGCCAGACUGGGGUCACCAGCCUUCAUCUCUAUCCCCACUUCCUCUUCUUCUUGGGGAAACAGAUGUUCUCUCCAUUACAUCACAGGGCACCAAGAUAAUUUUAAAAAUCACACACACACACACACACAAACUCAAGUGUUCAGAACACACUGCUGUAACUACAGUGCAGGAACACAGUUCCUCAUCACCACCACUGGUGCUCGCUCAGAGGGGCUUUCAGAAGCGUGUCUUCUGGGAAACCUGUUGAACCAUUUCCUAGGAAAGCUACCAGGAACUGCACUUUUUAGGGGUGGGGACGGUGAAUGCCAAUGUGGGGACGUAGAUAUCAUAGAGGGGAUGUGUGGCUGGGGGCAGUUUGUAGCCUGAGCUUAGCCUGCUAGCCAAGGGGCUUUAUUCUAAGAGAAGUGCAUGUGAGGAAUGGUUGGCAUUGCUCUUAUCUAGAUUGACAAGGAGUUCAUUUCUCUGUAGACUGUAACUCCUACAAUACCUGAGAUUAUUUAAGGUUUAUGCUGCACCUAGUAUUCCUUAGAGGAAGCUGUCCUUAAAGCUAGGAGGGAAUGGGCAUGGUUGGUAAAUAGAAGCAAUGGAUCUGUUAUGCUAAUAGUAGUGUAUAGACUUAGUGUUUAUGGUUAUGCAUAUUUAGAGCACUGUAUUUUAUUUGUCCUGUUUUAUUAAUCUACCAUUUCUGAAAGAAAAAAAAAAAGAAAACAACUCCCCAUUUACAACUAUUAAUUUUAGCCAUGUGUGUAUAGCUCUUCAUACACUAGUGGUUUCUUUUUUAUUGAUGGACACAGUAUCCUUAUUACAAGGUUAUUUUGUACUUGUUUUAUUACCUUGGGUGUAAUAAAAGCCGAGAAGACUUUGUGACUUCCGAUGAGAAAGUC